CGCGUUGCGGGCUACUACUACUUGUUGCCGCUCGCGGUCCGUUCCGCACACGGCGACGACUGGGGACUGGGAAGAAACCGCUACCUCGCCCCCUCCACCAGCCGCCGGAAACCCUAGAGCGCCCGACACCCAUGGAUCCGCAGCAGCCGGAGCCCGUCAGCUACCUCUGCGGAGAUUGUGGAGCUGAGAACACCCUGAAGCCCGGAGAUGUCAUCCAGUGCCGUGAGUGUGGCUACCGCAUCCUCUACAAGAAGCGCACCCGCCGGAUUGUCCAAUAUGAAGCGCGCUGAAGAGUGAAGACAAGGGAAAACACUAAAGAUGGUUGAUCUAUUACUCGCCACUGUGUACCUAUGUAAAGAGUCUUGUGAUGGAAAUGAAAAUGUCAGACAUAAUGUUUGAAAUGUCGUAUGCCUCCUUUGGACUUGAGCUUUAGUCUGUAACGCUUGAACUGGGGACUGAUUUGAGAAUUGAGAUACUGCAGUAAUAUGUUGAUGGGUCGUGGCGAAUCUAAUGCAUGCGUGUUAUGCCUGCGUUAUUUAUUGACCA